AUGGAUUCUUUGCCGACUCUUUCUGGCAGAGGGAAAGCAGCUUCCAUGCAGCCUGAUCGGGGUCUGGUGACCUUUGAGGAGGUGUGUGUUCGUUUCACUGAGGAGGAGUGGGCUCUGCUGGAUCCGAACCAAAGAAGGAUUCACAAGGAAGUCAUGGAGGACAAUUAUCAGAAUGUGGCCUCUCUUGGAAAUCUAGCUACUCAUCGACGAAUCCACACUGGCGAGAAACCAUAUAAAUGCUUGGAGUGUGGAAAGAGCUUUGCUUCGAGGUCAGACCUUACUCAACAUCGACGAAUCCACACUGGGGAGAAACCAUAUAAAUGCUUGCCAUGUGGAAAGAGCUUUUCUCACAGAGGUAGCCUAGCUUUUCAUCGACGAGUGCACAUUGGGGAGAAACCACAUAAAUGCUUGGAGUGUGGAAAGAGCUUUGCUCAGAGAGGAAAUCUAGCUACUCAUCGACGAAUCCACACUGGCGAGAAACCAUAUAAAUGCUUGGAGUGUAGAAAGAGCUUUGCUCAGAGAAGUUCCCUAGAUUUUCAUCGACGAGUGCACACUGGGGAGAAACCACAUAAAUGCUUGGAGUGUGAAAAGAGCUUUGCUUCGAAGUCACACCUUACUCGACAUCAACAUAUCCACACAGUGGAGAAACCACAUAAAUGCUUGGAGUGUGGAAAGAGCUUUGCUUCGAGGUCACAUCUUACUUAUCAUCAACAUAUCCACACUGGGGAGAAACCACAUAAAUGCUUGGAGUGUGGAAAGAGCUUUGCUUCGAGGUCACACCUUACUUAUCAUCAACAUAUCCACACAGGGGAGAAACCACAUAAAUGCUUGGAGUGUGGAAAGAGCUUUGUUUCAAGUUCACAGCUUACUCAA